AUGGCGUGGGUUAGUGUUCCUGUGCAAUCAACUUGUGGUCCUACGGCAGAUCAUGAGAGUUAUUUGGGGGGUUUUGUAGCCAAAAUUACAGCCCUGCUAAAGGACGAUGCGGUUAAUAGGGUUGCUCUGUGGGGCUUAGAAGGUUCUGGAAAAACGGUCAUUGCAAGCACUUUGCACACCAACAUUGAGGAUCCAACUUGUGCUCUACAGUUUGAUUUAGUGAUUUGGGUUGAAUGUUGUAAAAAGUUUGACUUCAGAAGGCAACUACACCAAAUCGCUCGUAGGUUGACCCUUUUUUACGCAGAGGAUGCACCCGACGCUGUAAUAGCUGGUUUAAUCUUCCGCAAGUUGCUGAAAUUUAAAACGUGUCUCUUCAUCCUCGAUGACGCUCAGAGUUCCAUCGAUCUAGAUCGUUUCGGUAUUCCAUGGAGAAAUUAUCAAGGAGACAAUGGGGUGAGAGUCAAAAUUCUUAUCACCACUAGGGACCGCGGUGUGUGCCGGAAGCUGCUAGUUGAUCAAACCCUAAAACUUGACUUCCUAAGCGUUGAUGAUGCUUGGAAGUAUUUUUGCUCCCUGGUUGGAGACAAUGCUACGUCAGCCACUAUCGCACCCAUUGCAAAGCAACUUUGUAACAAACUUCAAGGUUAUCCUUUUGCCAUCACUGCCGUGGGGAACCUAAUAGGACGAUCAAAUUUACCUGCCGUCUGGUGGAAGUUUGAUUUGCAAGACCUAAAAGAGGCAGACCGUGCGGUCAAAUUUACUCGUAAAAUCAUAUAUGCUUCUCUAAAGUUGACAUAUGAUUCUUUGCAAGACAAAAAGAUGAAACCAUGCUUUUUAUUAUGUGCUUCGUAUCCCAUGAGUUGCGUAAUCAAGGUAAAAGAGAUUGUGUGCCUUAUGGUAUCAAAAGGAAUCAUAGAAGAUUGCGAGGGAUGCCAAAACGACGGCCUUGUGUUGGUCCAAGGCUUGAAAGACGUUUUUCUUUUAGAAGACGGUCUUGAUGAUGAGACGGUUGCAAUGCACGCAGUGAUUCACGAUUUCGCCCGAUGGCUUAUGUCCACAAACGAAGGUAACAUGCAUGGGUGUAUUCUACAAAACAUUGAGCAAGAGGUGCAGCUACAUGAUCAGUCAUCCUCUCCCAUGACAAAUUAA